AUGUCGGAGGCCUACGAGCGUGAGCGCCAGAAUAAUGCGCGACUGGAGGAGCUGUCCGCGAAGGUGUCGUCGCUGCGUGGUGUAACCGUUGAUAUCUACGACAAUGCGAGAGCGCAAGAUGUCAUUGACAAUACCUCCGAUACCUUCUCUUCCAUGUCAAUGCAGCUAAAAGGGUCCGCCGGCCGAUUGGGUCGUAUGGCAGCGUCGGGGAAUAAAGUCGCCAUCCUAAAACUCUCGGGCAUCCUCAUCGGCACGUUCCUAGUCAUAUACUACAUCCUUAGAUGGGUUUUCUAG